CAUAAAAUAACGAAUACAUCAUAAUCUGAAUUCAACCAGAAUUCGCUAAAAAGUAUACAUUAUUCUAUACUUUCUCUUAUAUUUAAUUCAAAACUUUCUUGUUGAUCAAGCAUAAACUCUCAAGAAGCUCUUUUAAAUUGACACUAAAGAGAAAGUCAAGCUCAAAAAUGGAUCAAGAUUUGAAGCUCCAUGGAUCAUGGCCAAGUCCAUAUUCAUUAAGAGUAAUAUGGGCUCUUAAACUAAAGGGUUUAUCAUAUGAAUACAUAGAAGAAGAUCUUGCAAAUAAAAGUGAUUUGCUUCUGAAAUAUAAUCCUAUUUUCAAGAAGAUCCCGGUACUUGUUCAUGGUGGAAAACCUAUUUGUGAAUCUAUGGUUAUACUAGAGUACCUUGAACAAUUAUGGCCAAAUCGGUAUCCAUUGCUCCCAAGUGAUCCUUAUGAAAGAGCUAUGGCUAGAUUCUGGGUGAAUUAUUUUGAACAAAAGAGUGUAUCUCUUUGGAUGAUAUUUAGAGCCAAAGGGGAACAACAAGAAAGGGCAGUGAAGGACAGCUUGGAAAUGUUGAAAACCAUAGAAGAACAUGCUUUUAAAAAUCAGAAAAAUAUAUUUUUGAGUGGAGGAAAAAUUGGAAUAGUGGACAUAGCCUUUGGAUGGAUUUGUCACUGGUUGAAAAUCAUAGAAGAUGUUGGAGGUGUGAAGCUGCUUGAAGAAAAUUCGUUUCCUAAUUUGCAAGAAUGGAUGAAAAAUUUCAAAGAAGUGCCUUUGGUAAAAGAAAGUCUGCCUAAUCAGCAAAAAUUGUUUUUGCCUUUUAAACUUACAAGGGACAUGUUGAUAGCAUCUUGAGUUUGUUGAACAAAAAAGAUAAAAUAAAUAAGAUAACUGCUCAUGUUGCUGUUUUCAAGUACGUACAAAGGAGAAAGCUGCAGUAGACUGGGAGCCAGCAUAAAAUUAGACAAUUUCAUAUGAUCACAGUUUAUUUAAUUUGAGAUUGACGCGUAAUUAUUGUUGUGGUUAUUUGUGUAUGAAGAUGGUUUGUCCUUGUAAUAA